AUGCUUGAGAAUGCUCUUAAUGAUCAAAAUGUAAACAAUAUCAAAAGACUGCUCAAAAUAUUGAUUGAAAUUUUAUUUGAAUCUAUCGAAACAAUUGUGCAUUACUAUGAUGAUAAGAGAAGUAUAAUCUAA